AUCUCUAAAUAUAUAUUCUUUCAAGGUGUCCCUCGUGAGUUUGUUGACAUUUUCAUGCGAGAGACGUCACUCCAAUGUUUUAAAUUAGUUUCUACGAGAAUUGGUCGAGAAAUUAUACCCCAGAACGCUAUUAAAGACAAAAUUUAACUCGUGAAAUGAGUCUCGGUGGUCUAGUAGCCUAUGGCAGCAGUGACGAGAGUGAAGACGAGGUUAACACCGACGAAGAAAAUCCCUCAGAAUCUCCAAAACCAAUAAUAAACAAUGGGGAUCACCCAACAAUAAAUCAGCACAAGUUCCCAGAGGCGAAUGGAAUACAGGAAAAUGAGUCUGGAUCUUCGUUGUUCAAUUCUCUACCAAAACCGAGGACUUUUCACUCUAAUCUAGAAGAGAGUGAUGACAUCUCUGUGUCAAAAAACCCUCCAACUCCCUCAGAACUUCAACAUAAGAAGGAAAAAGCACCUGUCAAAUUUCUAGUUCCAUCUUUAUCUGACUUUAAAGAUGUCGAUGAGGAGAUUGAGGAGAAGAAAACAAGGAAGCAGCCAUCAUGUAGUGGAAGUGGUCUGUUCAGUAUGCUCCCAGCACCAGGGUCAUCCCUCCCAAGUGCAAAAAAACUCGUCCCCCAGGUUCUGAAAAAGCCCCAGGUGCCUUCGACGUCUUUAACGCCUUCACAACUGCGUAAACCCCCGAAGAAAUCCCCAGCACCUGUAAAAUCGGCCUUAAACUCGAUAAAAUGCGACUCAGCCUCUGAGGACGAGGACGACGAGAAAUCAGCGCCUCAGAAGAGUCUGGAUUUCUUCUCCCUGUCGAAAUCAGUGGAAACCCCAGUCUCUGAAGAAGCCCUGGCAUCCCUGAUGCUGCCGCCUCCCCCGGAUAAGCCCCAGCAAUCGAAUUCCAUCGAGAAAAGCCCAGAACGCCCUCAGAACCCUCGGGAAAGUCAAUCCCUCAGGAGCACAGUGAUGAAUCUCCCUCGAGAGGAAAUUCUCAUGAUGAAUCAGGCAGAGGUAGGUCCAAAGCUUCCAGUACCUGAGCAGGAGUAUCACAUCGAUGACCAGGGCAAUGUCGCCUUCGAUGAAAAAGCGAUUGAAUAUCUCAUUGGGAAGCGAGGGGUGAAGAGGAAGAACGAACUCAUCCAGGGAACGAAUAUCAUCGACAUCAGUGGUGAUGACAUCAAGCCAGAUGAGAGGGAGUGGCUGGUGAAGGCUCUGACGGAGGAACCUGUCCAGAGGACUGUGUCUAUGUCCAGUGCUGGACCCAGCAGUGCCUCCAAGAAAAAACAUCAAAUCACAUAUCUGGCGCAUCAAGCCAAGGCCAUGGAGAUCGAACUCCAGAAUCAAUGGGCUGCAAACAGAAUGGCUCGGAAACAAACAAAAUCCAAAUAUGGAUUUUGAAUGAAAAAUAUAAAAUUAAAGAAAUUGCAUUUGUAAAUUGUAUUAUUUGAGUGAAGAACAUAAUAAAUAUGGAAUAAUAUUCUUGACUGAGAA